AUGAGGGUUGAACUCCCUAGGGGCUUCAAGCCUCCAACCUUUGAGACCUAUGAUGGGAAGGGUGAUCCCAACGACCACAUCAGCUAUUUCAACGCCAUGAUGAUGGUGUAUGGUGGGUCCGAUGUGGUGUCCUACCGCUCCUUCCCCACCUCCCUUAAGGAGCCAACAACACUGUGGUUCGCAAAGCUGAAGCCCAAUUCGAUCAGAAGCUUCACCGAGUUGGCCAAAACGUUCAUGAGCCGUUUCCAGAGCAGAGUGAAGCAAAAGAAGACCGCUGCCAAUUUGCUGGUCGUCAAACAGCGACCUGAUGAGUCCAUUAGGGAUUAUAUCACCCGCUUCAACGCGAAGAGCCUGGAGAUCAAGGACUUGGACGAUGCAAUGGCCUUCAACACCUUGCAUAAUGGGGUCACCAACCACGACCUAGUGAAGUUGCUUACCCUGGACCCAGUGACCACCAUGCCGCAGCUACUGGACCGUUGCUACCAGUACGCCAAUAUGUUCGAUAUCAUGAAGGCGAGGAAGGCGGUGGAUACAAAGGCUCCAAAGAAAAAGAAAGCGAGUGAGAAGGAUGAGAAAAAGAAAGACUCCAAGAGGGCGAGGUCCGACCGAGACCAGAGCCCAGACUACACCCCGUUCAACACCAACAGGACCAAAAUCCUGAUGAAGGUGUAUGAUCGAGGGGCGAGACAGCAGUGGCCCAGGCCGAUGUUCUCUAGGCUUGAGGACAAAAACAAGAAUAAGUUCUACAAAUUCCACAAGGAUGUCAGCCAUGACACCGAGGAUUGCAGACAACUAAAGAGAGAGAUCGAAGACGUGAUACAGAAAGGCCAUCUGAGGUGUUAUGUCAAGGAAGAUGGGAAAGAUAACUCCAGAGGUCGUGAGGCCGCAAGAAACUACCACAGGAAAGAAGACAUAGCCCGCAGGGGAGAUGACUGA